CCGCCCAUAAGGCUGGCGUUCCUCAGCCUGCGCCCGUCGCGCAGGCCGCGACGUAGCUGGCGAUUGGUGGAGAAGGCGGCAGCGUCCCAGCGGAGGCGACGACGGGGCGGUCUCAAGGAAUCGGGACGAGGCGGAGCGCGUCAUCCACUAUCGCUGCGGUGGUCGCCUGCGUUCCGCCGGCCCGGUCCGUGCCGCCCUUUGCUGUUGAAGCCACCGGGGGACCAUGGCUGCGCUCGUGGUGCUCCUGUCCUUGUUGGCGGCGGGUGUUUUGGGGAACGAGUUUAGUAUAUUAAGAUCACCUGGGUCUGUUGUUUUCCGAGAUGGAAAUUGGCCUAUACCAGGAGAACGAAUCCCAGACGUGGCUGCAUUGUCCAUGGGCUUCUCUGUUAAGGAAGACCUUUCUUGGCCAGGACUUGCAGUGGGAAACCUGUUCCAUCGUCCUCGGGCUACGGUGAUGGUGAUGGUGAAGGGAGUCGACAAGCUUGCUCUGCCCCCGGGCCGUGUCAUUUCGUACCCUCUGGAGAAUGCAGUUCCUUUCAGUCUUGACAGCGUUGCAAAUUCCAUUCACUCCUUAUUUUCUGAAGAAACUCCUGUAGUUUUGCAGUUGGCUCCCAGUGAGGAGAGAGUGUAUAUGGUGGGGAAGGCGAACUCGGUCUUUGAAGAUCUCUCCGUCACGUUACGACAGCUCCGCAAUCGCCUGUUCCAAGAAAACUCUGUUCUCAAUUCACUUCCACUCAAUUCUCUGAGCAGAAACAGUGAAGUUGAUCUGCUCUUUCUUUCUGAAUUGCAAGUGCUCCAUGAUAUUUCAAGUUUGUUGUCUCGACAUAAGCAUCUAGCCAAGGAUCAUUCUCCUGAUUUAUAUUCGCUGGAGCUGGCCGGUUUGGAUGAAAUUGGGAAGCAUUAUGGGGAAGAUUCUGAACAAUUCAGAGAUGCUUCCAAGAUCCUUGUUGAUGCUCUGCAAAAGUUUGCAGAUGACAUGUACAGCCUUUAUGGCGGGAAUGCGGUGGUGGAGUUAGUGACUGUCAGAUCAUUUGACACCUCUCUUGUCAGGAAGACAAGGACUAUUCUUGAGGCAAAACAAGCGAAGAGCCCAUCGAGCCCCUAUAACCUCGCAUAUAAGUAUAACCUUGAAUAUCCAGUGGUUUUCAACAUGGUACUUUGGAUAAUGAUCGCCUUGGCCUUGGCUGUGAUUAUCACCUCUUAUAAUAUCUGGAACAUGGAUCCUGGAUAUGACAGCAUUAUUUAUAGGAUGACAAACCAGAAGAUUCGAAUGGAUUGAACUUUCCUCAAGCCAGACUUAGAAAAGGGGUUUGGAAAUUGGCUGUUUUAUUAAAUCUUUUAGUGUAGUUUAAAAGUAGAUGGUAUACUUCAAAUUUAUAUAAAAAAAAAAAAUUUUUGCUCUCCGUGUGCCUGUGAUGUUCUUUUAGAGUGAAUUAUAGUAUUGAUGUGAAUUGUGUGCUAUAGAGUCCAUAAUAUGCUCAAAUAUAACCAUUUAAUACAAUUUCAUUCCAUUUAACAUUGGAAAUGUGCACUGAAAUAAAUGUAAAACAUUUAGAAUAGCUUGUAUUAUUUAUGUUGGGGAAAAUGCACUGAAUUUAUUAGACAAACUUAGGAGUGCUUAACUUCCUUACACAGGCUAGGUGAAAAUGACAUUUGGGCUGUUCUAUACCAUGAACCAUUUGUAAAUGUCUUAAUCUGAUGUAAAUAUUUCUGAAACAAGACAGGAGGUGGUUAACUUCAAGUAGCCCUAAACUGUGGGAGUACUUCCCCAGUGACUGAGAUUGAGAACUGCACCUGACAGACAGAGGGUGGCUGUGUUUUAACCUCUUCUGCAAGUUUGAUGAUCCACAUCGUGGGGUGGAUAUUAAAAAUACAUUGAUCUAAAAAGAAACCAGCUUUGUGGAGUUACAGAUAUCUGUAAUUAUAUACCCCAAAACCAAUUUUGGGGGGAUAUCUUGGGGCUUGACUAUAAAAAAUGUAUUUUAGUAACUUUCCUCUGUGUACGUUACUAUUAAUGGCUUGUGGUACAUCAUCCUCUAGAAUAUUAAGUGGAAGUAGAUGCUCUCUACUUUUCAUGUGGAAGUGGACCACUGUCUAUAAAGAGUGACAAAUAAAGUUAAUAAUGAUU